AUGAAUAGAUCGUGUAACGUCAACUAUAACCUGAAGCAGAUGCCAACGAAGCCGCCAAGAAUGUUCUACAUCACUGUCAAGAGCGAGUCCCUCGUCCUCAAGAAGCCCCUGGUGGCAUCCUCUGCCCUUGAUGACUGCGCUGGCAUCAUCAUACAGCUGAAAAGGCAUGGAAAUGUAUGCCGCAGUUCAGAGUCUUCUACCUUUAUCAGGAAAGCAGAGAUGAAGCAAGCCAAGAACUGCUUCGAUGCUGCUUCUACGAUCUCGACAGAUAUCUGA